AUGCCAUUUAUUUUCUUCACGACCUGUAAAUCAUAUGGCUUUGGACUGAAGGGUUGGCUGACUCGGUCAGAACGUAGUGACGUCACGGUAUCAUAUGGCUUUGGACUGAAGGGUUGGCUGACUCGGUCAGAACGUAGUGACGUCACGGUAUCAUAUGGCUUUGGACUGAAGGGUUGGCUGACUCGGUCAGAACGUAGUGACCUCACGGUAUCAUAUGGCUUUGGACUGAAGGGUUGGCUGACUCGGUCAGAACGUAGUGACGUCACGGUAUCAUAUGGCUUUGGACUGAAGGGUUGGCUGACUCGGUCAGAACGUAGUGACGUCACGGUAUCAUAUGGCUUUGGACUGAAGGGUUGGCUGACUCGGUCAGAAGGUAGUGACGUCACGGUAUCAUAUGGCUUUGGACUGAAGGGUUGGCUGACUCGGUCAGAACGUAGUGACCUCACGGUAUCAUAUGGCUUUGGACUGAAGGGUUGGCUGACUCGGUCAGAACGUAGUGACCUCACGGUAUCAUAUGGCUUUGGACUGAAGGGUUGGCUGACUCGGUCAGAACGUAGUGACGUCACGGUAACAUAUGGCUUUGGACUGAAGGGUUGGCUGACUCGGUCAGAACGUAGUGACGUCACGGUAUCAUAUGGCUUUGGACUGAAGGGUUGGCUGACCUGGUCAGAACGUGGUGACCACGGUAUCAUAUGGCUCUGGACUGAAGGGUUGGCUGACUCGGUCAGAACGUAA